AUGCGAGGUGCAAUGCUGCUGUUGGCGGUCAUUAUCGCAGUGACAAGCGGCAGCAGAUCCGUUCGAGGAGAGUGCUGUUACCCAACGUACAUACAAUGGUCCGCAGACAACUGUUGGCCGUUCCGAAGCCAGUCUCAAAUGGCUGACAACAUUGAAAGGGACCUCGUUGCUAGCCUGAUGCUGCCGACGCGCUGUGAAGCGAAGGUGUGUAACGAUGGACGCGUUCACCCAGGGGCCUACUGUGGCAGAGGAAGAUGUAACCUGUUCGGAUGCAAUUGUGAAGGUGGAUGCAUUCCUGGUGAGCCGGUGCUCAAUUUUAGACGAUUGAACGGCAUACCAGACGACAAGAGUUUCAAAUGA